GCUUUUUUGUAGACACUGUCUGAAUUUUGACAUAAUGUCUGAAUUUUCGAAAAAAAUUGUUUAACUUUAAAAAAAUGACUGAUGAUUAUCUGAAAUUUCUUUUAGAAAUUCAUAUCUGAAAAUUCAGGCAAAAAUGUGUGUAAAUUUUUCGAAAAUUUUUUACAGUGUAGAAGUUUCCGCGUAAAAAUAUUAUAGCGGGAUAAUUUAAUCGCGUGUGCCGAUCAAACACUCGUACUCUCUUUACUUUUUAUCGCGCGACAAUGCGAUUGUGCUGAUCGAUAUUCUGUUUGUAAAGCUUUCGAUAAUGUAAGAUGCACUAAGAAAAAACACGAAGAUUAAUGGAAAACAUACAUUAGCAUGGAAAUGUUGGCGCUGCAUUCUUCUAUCAAUGAUGUAAAGAUUAUCAUUUGAGAAAAAAUUAUUGCGGAUACGAAAUCAUUGCGAUUAUUCGAUGAGCAUUUAAUAAUAAAUUUAAGCGGUCUAAGGCAAUGAGAGGAUACGUCGUCCGCGCCGAUUAAGGACGUAUGAUUUACACAGAUUUUUGUUUGUCGUAAUUUAACAAGCGCAGUUACCGGCUAUUAAAAGGAUUUAUAUAUGUGUGUGUGUGUGUGGCUCGACGAUUGACGCAGGAAUUACCGGUUGUGUGUAACGAUAAAUUGGGACACGCCUUACCGCACUUUAUUAUUCGCUAAUCCUGGGGAUUUCACGAGAUAUCUCGCCGAAAAGGUCACAACUGUCGGACGAUUUUAAUCGCUUAAUUCUCGGCGACACGUCCCUCUAAACGAGGAUGCGAGGACGUGGAUCGGAUUCGAGUCGCACCAUCGAUGAAACGUGACUCGUCGUAACGCCGACAAUGGAGCUCCUCGGUCCGAUUAAAGCGUUUCUGGCAGUUGCUUUAAUACGCGUCAGUCCGAGUAUCGGCGACGGCAAUGUCGGCGAUUUGUCAACGGAUCGAGCGAGGAAUGUUUCCGAGAGAUUUACAUCCACGACCACGUUGACGGUGAACAUACGGGACGAUGACGAUCAAGAUCCGUCCUUUAUUUAUCAAGGCUGCAUGCUUUUAGACGGCGCUUGCAUUAAUCCGGAAUAUUCCGCGUCGGUAUCGAGCGGCGUACUAUCCGGUAUACUCAAUAUCUCGCCCGAGAAAAUCCAGGCGGUCGACAUGGACAGCAUAAACGCGCCCAUCCACUAUUCCUUCCUAAGCGGAAAUCCGCCGAAUUAUCGAGAUUUCUUUGAGAUCAAUCCUAAUACCGGGGCGGUGAAGCAAAUAAGAGCCGUCGACACGACGGUAACAAAGAAGUUUGAUAUUAUCAUCAAGGCGGUUGAGGUGUCAGAAGCGAAACGGUCGGCUACCGCGAAAUUAGCGAUCACUGUUAAGCCGGUUGACAGCAAUCCACCCGUUAUAACGGCGUCAAGUAUUGAAGGUUUCGUCGAUGAGAACGCUCCGAUCGGCACAAAGGUCAUCGAUGAAAGCGGUAAUCCCAUUGUGCUCACGGUGUCGGAUGCUGAUCUGGGAUCGGAUGAUCCGAAACCGGCGUACACUUUCGAAUUGACCACGAAUUUCUUCGCGAUCGAUCCGUCCGGUGUCCUUGUCGUCAACGAGGAAAAUCUGGACCGGGAUCCUCCGAGUCCCGGCCGUUUCCGCUUUCAAGUGGUUGCCCGGGAGAAAACGGGUGUGGCCGCGUCGUCGCCUCUGUCAUUUAUCGUAACCUUAAAUGAUGUUAACGAUAAUGCGCCUUUGCUUCCUAUGAUGGCACCCAUCACCGUUCAAGCUGGAGAAACAAAGAAACAAGUGGCAAAGGUGGAAGCCACGGAUAAUGACGAGGGAGAGAACGCCGAGAUAACGUACAGCAUCUAUCAUGUUUCGAACAACGGUUUGCAUAAGUUCAAGAUAGAUCCUAAGACCGGAGUUAUCGAAUCCGUGAGGAAAUUGAACGCUGGCGAGCAAUAUAGCAUCACCGUGCAGGCCACUGACAAGGGUGGCAAAUAUUCACAGACAAUUGUCGAGGUGAACGUCAUUCCCGGUCCAAACACCAGAAGCCCCGUGUUCCAGCAGCCGGUGUACGAAGUGCAAGUCAGCGAGGGGGCCUCCAUCAAUUCUACGGUUGCGACUAUCACUGCCAUUGACCCAGAAAACGAUCCGGUGUCGUACUCGAUAGUAUCGGGGAACGAUUUGCGCCAGUUUGCAAUCGGCGACAAAUCAGGCGUUAUUACCGUUAUAAGGAAGCUGGAUAGGGAGGACCUGACCCGAUAUCAGUUGCUGAUAAAGGCUGAGGAUACCGGCGGUCUCUUCAGCACCGCGACGGUUAAUAUCAUGGUUACCGAUAUCAACGAUAAGAAUCCCGAAUUCGUGGGCCUUCCUUAUGAAUUUUCCGUCAAAGAGGGUGAGGCGCGUAAGCUAAUCGGCCGCGUACACGCCGAAGAUGCCGACGAGGGCAUCAAUGCCGAGAUCACUUAUUUCGCACCCGAUGACAUUCCUUUCACCGUGGAUCCCGAGACCGGUGAUGUCCUGACAAAGAUAGUGUUGGAUUACGAGCAAAACGACGAAUAUAAAUUCGUGGUGACUGCGAGGGAUGGAGCUCCCGAUUAUCGCUUGGCAACCGCGACUGUCACAGUGAGAGUCAUAGAUGUCGAGGACGAGGUUCCGGUCUUUCACCAAAGCAGUUAUGAGGCACGUGUCAAGGAAAACGUGCCUGAUUAUAAUGUGAUUCAAGUCACGGCCGAUGAUCCGGACACAAAGAAGCAAAUUACAUACAUGAUCAAGCAAGGGGAUACCGAACUCUUCAGCAUAGACCCGAAGACCGGAGUCAUAAAAACUAUCCGCGGUCUCGAUUACGAGAGCCAGAAUCAGCACGUUCUUAUAAUAGGCACUGUGGAGAACAGCAGCGAUUUACCUGGCUCCACCACUCGCGUUGUUGUUAAUGUUCAGGACGUGAACGACAUUCCACCGGUAUUUACGUCGGUACCGCGUCCCAUUACACUAGACGAUGAUGUCCCUAUAGGAACGACCGUGAUUGAUCUCACGGCCGCGGAUUCCGACGGCAGUGCACCAGGGAAUCAGGUUCGAUACGAGAUCAUCGGCCGCGGUAUCGCCAGCAAGUACUUUGUAAUCGAUCCCGAUACUGGCAUACUCCGAACACGAGACGACUUGCGUAAAGAAACUGAUUCCGAGUAUCAGGUCGACGUACGCGCGUACGACAUGGGAGAGCCGCAAUUGUCAUCCGUGACGACAGUGCCGGUGUACGUCCGUCACGUUGCGACGGUGCCGCCCGAGAUUGGUUUGGGUUUCGCCGAGAAUUCGUACAACGUCGAGGUGCCCGAGGAUGCUGGUGACAAUACGUUAAUAAAGAUAAUCACUAUCAUCAACAGUCACGCUCAUGACACCACACCGCUCAAGUGCGAGAUUUACAGCGGCAAUGAGGCCGGCCUGUUCGAAGCGAAUGUCACGGAGGAGCGAAAUUGCGCGCUGAGGCUGAAAAAAGGCGCGCUAGAUUAUGAGACGACGGAGUCUUACCAGAUUAAGAUCAAGCUGGAAUCUCUCUCGGGCUUAUUAAACUCGGGCAGAAAUACGACUAUGGUGAAGAUUCAAGUGCUGGAUGUAAAUGACAACAAACCAGAAUUCAUCUUUCCGGAGGCGAGUCAGAAGCUCGCGAAGGGACGUUACUUCGCGGCGAUUCCGCGUACCGCGCAAUUCUCGUCCACUGUUAUACAAGUGAAGGCCCACGACAAGGAUAAUGGCAAAUUCGGCAAGCUGGAAUACAAGAUCCUGGAGGGACGGGGAUCCGAUUAUUUCGCUAUCGAUGGCUCUACGGGCAUAAUCAGAACGACGGUGACGUUCGACAACGUUGAUUCGUCCGAGCUCCCCUUUAAAUUCGACGUUCGCGUGCGAGAUAAUCCCAAUUCGACGGAUAAUUACAAUUCGAUCGUCGCGCCGGUGAUCGUCAAUCUAAUCGGAGAGGAGAAUCUCAUGAUUCUGGUAGUGCAGGACGCGGCGCCGGAUGCGCUACAGAAGGAGGCCGGCAAGAUAGCGAAUAUAAUCGAGCAGAAGAGCGGUCUGCUGAUUGGCAUCGAUAGGGUCGCGACGAGAAAAAUUCUGACGAAAAAUGGCACUGUGGAAACGUUCCCACAGGAUUCCGACGUGUGGUUCUACGCGGUUGACCCGGACACUGAGGCCAUACUCGAUAGAAAUAGCACCAGUGUGAUGAGGUCAAUCAUGGAUAAGUCGGCCAUGUCGAAUAUUACAUUUGACGUGUCUACGUUAGUGCGAGCGAACGCCAUCGACAUUCACGCACCCGUGAUGCCACCUGAGCCGGUACGAACACAAACCGCGAUUGCGUUUAGCGGCGAGGUCUUCCCAUACGCGUUGAUCAUCAUCGCCUGUGUGAUUUUGAUCCUUGGUAUUGCCGGCAUCAUCUACAUUUGCGUCUCUUGGUCCAAGUACAAAGCAUACAAGGAGCGUAUGCAACGCAUGUACGUAAUGCCGCGUUAUGAUCCCGUCUAUGUGGAACCGAAUCUAAAGGAGUACGAGACGCAGGUACUCCAGAUGAGUGUGCCGAUCGACGACAACGACAGUUGCAAUGAUUUGCAAUUGGACUUUAGCAACAAGAACCACGCUUUCAGCCUGGACAAUGUCAGUUACAUCACCAAAGAUCACGGAGACAGUACUGGCCAACAAAGUCCCGUUAGCUCCGAAGCGGCAACCACGGCGCGCGCUUCCAGCAUCGCCGGUAAUCACGGUGACACCAAUAUCCAUUCCUUGCGGCGGUCCACGCUGGGUCGAAAGAAUCACGGUGCGAGCAACACAAACACCCUGAAUAAUCGCGACGCGACACCGGUACUUAAUCCCUUGUACAAUCACGGCGCAGAUCUCCUGAGCCCUAGUCCAUCCAACGAUAACGUCACCUUCAGAGAAAGAAAGGAUUAUUCGCAUCUCGGAUUUACGUAUCUAGGUGAGCAGAGUCCCGUGGAGACCACGACGGAAUUGUAAGUUACAUGGUUCGAUGACGUGCGAAUGCCAGCCACGUAUUGGCUCGAAAACUGUCACCGAAUUACAGGUAUGUGUUAAACAAAAAAAAAAAAACACACACAAAAAUGAAUUAAUAUGACAGAUAUGUAAUUUUGAUAUUGUUUCGAUAUACAAGUAAGACUGUGAUGGACGUAAUAUUUUUUUACAUCAAAGUUUUAUCGAUACCGUAAGAUAUUGAAGUGCCUAAAAUUUUACAUCGCGUAGAAAUCAUCGAGAAACAUCUCAUUAUGCAUUCGCAAUGCAUAUAAAAUAGACAGUUAUUUGCCUUUUUUGUAUGUGUGACAAAAAAUCAGGUAUAAAAUGUACUUAAUUUCGACAAAAUACGUAAUAUAUGACAUAUACAAGUUAAAAUUCAGAAUAAUUGCUAACUGAGUAGCGUACUAUACGUAGUAUUUUUUUUAUAUGUACAAUCCCAAAGCGCAUAUGGAGAGCAUGUCAAAGCUUAUGGAAAAUAGUUGAGUGAUUACGUACAUAUAUAUAUAUAUAUAUAUAUAUAUAUAUAUAUAUAUAUAUAUAUAUUCUGCCCUUUCAUAUGUCGUCUUUUGAAUACGAAUCGAUAUCCGCGUGCCGAUUCACGCGAGCGCGCAAAUAUAUCCGCAAAAUUCCCCCGUCGGAAUAUAUUCUGAACGAGUUACUCCGCAUGUGAUAUCCAUAAAAGAGUAGCGUGAUGUAGCGUUCAGAUACAUCGGCAUGAAACGAGGCCGUGAAAAUACUCGCGCGUGCAAAAGAGGCGUGCAAAAGGGACGAGCGAAAGAGACUGCGAAUACCUUUCUGAACCGAUAUUUUAUUUGAUUUAUUUCCCGUCGUGCAUUGAAUUUUCGCAAGGCUAAGGCUUAGGCAAUAUGUUCCGCCAAUAAAUUGCGAGAUUACAAAUAAACGCCAUCGGGAUUGCGACAUAAAUUAUUAUUAUUAGUAUUGUGACUGUGGCUCUAAGCGCAGCGCGAGGAAGUUGGAUUAAUGAAGGUGCAUUAAUCGAGUCUUGACUAAUAACUUUGGAGAUGUUCCGUAUUUUGCGGAAAUUCAUGCGGACGCGUACAUUUUAAUUAUAGAAGAAGAGAGGGGGAGAGAAGAAGAAGAAAAAAAGAAAAAUAGCAAAAAUAUCACUAUAGAUGCAACCGUCCAAUGCGUAGACUAAGAUUCGAAAACGAGGUUGUAAGUUUAUAUGAGUGUAUUUGGUGAGUGCGUAUGUGCGUCUGCGCGAGUUUUAUCGACUUGUAAUCUUGUAAAUGGGUCGAUCAUUUUGUAUUAUAAUAUCUGUUUAUUUAUACAAUCGUUUUUUUUUGCUCACGUCAUAUUCUAUUGUAUUAUAAUCACAAUUAACUGAUGACGAUGUGUAUCGUUGCGUUUUGUAUGUAUGUCCGUGUAAAAAAAUAUCGCAACAACGCGUUUUAUUAAAUUUCGUCAAGUAUGAACAAUGACUUUUACGCCUCCAUUGCGACUACUGCUCAUUCUUGUUCACACGAUCGCGUCGACGAUCUAUAAUUAGGGAUUGCCAUACAAGCGAGGUAAAAAAAAUAAAAUAAAAACGCGUCAUACGCCGAUGGCUUAAGUGGUAAAGCGUGUACUUAAUCAGACACGCGUAACUGCCCAUUUCCUCGUACUUUCGACGACGCUAUUUGACUUUGUUCGAUGUUAGGUUUGACAGAUCCGCGAGAAGACAUCGGGUGAAACGGCCUUGAGUGGAAUUAAGUAUGAUACGACUUGAUUGAAUGUAUAUCUCUAGUCGUAUAGCGGGCGUCCACUGCCGUGCAAUUUAUAUAAGCUGUUUUAUAUUUGUUAAAAAAAAAAAAACAAAUCAACUUUUGUGUACGCGUGUUACAAGUGCUCUUCGAUUUUAUAGCGUUGAUGCCCUUUAGUCGUAGCUGUACAAUAUUUAAGUUCAAAUUCUGUAAAAAUUGUUAAUACCUAAUAAUAAAAAUUUAUUAUAUUUACAUAAUACAUAA